AUGCGUAGAAGUUCCGAUAUCCGGGAAUCACCAAGAUCAAAACAGUUUGGACUACACUUACAGCCAAUGUGUUCGAGACCAAUCCAGAAAAGGAAGCUUUCAUGCGAAGAGAUCAUCAAUGAGAUGGAGAAGGAGCAGGAUGCUCAGGUUAUGAGGCUCCUAAGAGAGGUCGACAUGCUGCGGGAGGAAAAUAUGUUGUUGCGGAAACAGCUAUACCAGGGGCCAGUCUCUGCUAGGCAGUCUUAUCCUCAGCUGCAGGGGGAGGGGUUUACCAUGGAUGAGGAGUGCGACGCAAAUUACCAUUACGGAUUGUCAAGUGGGAGCACCAGAAGCUCGAUUUCAUACCCGCAAAGGAAGCCUAGCCCUGUAGGCAUUCAGACGGCGCAGCGCGGUGGUGGCCUUCCGAUAGACACAAUGAUGCCUACGUUAUCGCUGAAUCUGAAGCGAGGGUCGACAUCAGCUGCUCCUAACAGCUCGAGUUCGAGUUCGAUUACUGCGGAGAGCGAGAGCAGUCAGCAUCUGUUGAAGAGCGGCAUGCAAGAAGCUGAUCCUAGGUAUAAAAUGCCUAGACGGUAUUCGUCGGUUUCCGAUACGAAUAAUAAAUUUGACCGAUCGCAUGUCGAGGCUACCAGACGACUAAGAGAAUACGAGUUCGAGAGUUCGAGGGGCCUGACGUGA